AUGCUUAUGGAUUCCAAUUUUCAGGUUAGAUCAAUGGUUGGAUGUACUCUUUAGGGGGAAUAGCCAAAACGGUAAUUGGAAUCUUCACAGUGGGUCUAGGUGAACAACAAGAACAACCUAACUAGAUUUUACACUUACCCUCAUAAUGUGGCUGAACUUUCAAGUAAUAUAUUGAAUUCACACAAUUUACUAUAAUUGAUGGAGUUAGGUGCUAAAGAGGAUUUUUUAAAUUAAUCAACUAUAAUUGGUAAUCUUUCUUUUAAAUAGGUUAAAUUUUAUUUCCUUUUUAAGGACCUUUAUGGUAUUAAUAAUUUAAUUCAAAUUCAAGAACAUGUUCACUAUCUGAAUUAGAUCUCAAUCUUAAUCUAUUCACAAGUACAGAAUCUACUUUAUCUACGUCAAGUUUACAAUUUGAGUUGUCUAUAUCAUAAUUAAAGUUUAGAAAUUCAGUUGGAAAAUAUAUAUUUUUUUCUACUUUUACUUCAAUGGAAGAUGUCUAAAAAUAUGAUUAAUUAUCAAUACUCCUUUUUAAUACAGCAUCCGCUUACAAUCUAAGAAGAUUCCCUCUUUUAUUUCGAUGAAAUAAUUUCUUUAAUAGUUUCCCUAAAGAUUAGUACUUAUUUAUUUUUAAUAUCAUUUAUCGAUUUAGAUGUUGAGACUACUCUCGCAAUAGCUUGCAAGACGCCAUCCUUAUAAUAAAAUGUUCCAGGUAAGUUUGCAGAGAGAUGGACUUCAAAAAGGAAAUAUGAAUGA